UCACGAGUGGAAUGACAGCAUCAGCAGCAGCAGCAACAACAACAGCAGCAGCGGCAAUAAGCUGAGUGAGGGAGAGAGAGAUAGAGAGAGAGGGGGGGGAGGAGGAAGAGAGAGCACGGACAUCCAGUCGCAUCCCCAUCCACGCUCAGCAGCAGCAUCUUCUUCUUUGUGUCUCUCUGGCGCGCUUCCAUUCCUUGCCAUGAGACGCUCUCGCCCGGCUCCCGAACCGGGGCCGCCACCUUCCUCUUCCUCCUCCUCUUCCUCCCGUAGGAGCUGAGCUGGGACGGCAGGAGACACGAGGCGAGAGUCACGGAGGAAGUCGUCUCGGCGCAGCUGAAAUGACAGCGCCCGGAUCCAGGGCGAGCCAUGGCGGCACGAGUUCCCCGGCCCACGGCUUCGCUCCCUGCGCCUGAGCCGGAUCUCUCCUCAUCCUCUGCGUCUUCCAGCUCGUCCACCUCGUCCACCACCUCGUCGUCGUCGUCCUCUUCGUCGUCGUCGUCGUCGCUGGCCUCCAUGCUGCUCGCCAUCGCCCGGGAGAGGCAGAGGCUGGGCUGCGGGCAGGGUGAAGAUGGUCCGGAGCCGAGUGGUGGGUUCCUGGCCGAUGACCGCAUCGUCUUCUGGACGCAGAUGUUCUCCAACUACUUCAUGGAGACGGCGGAGCAGGCCCAGGACGACCUGCUGUUCUACGUGCGAAGGAAGCGAUCGUGUGGCGAAACCCUUGCUCCCAACAGUAUCCAGGUGGAGGUGUACAGGAGGGACUCCCGAAGGCUGCCGGGUCUGGGAGAUCCGGACAUCGAUUGGGAAGAAACUGUUUACUUAAACCUCAUCCUCCAGCGGUUCGAGUACCUGGUCACAUGCGCCGUCUGCACCCGACCGGACGGCGGAGACAUUCACAUCCACCACAAAAAGUCCCAGCGAGUUUUUGCCUCGCCAAGCAAGCACAGGAUGGACAGCAAGGGCGAGCAAUCGGAGAUGAGCUACCCCAACAUAUUCUUCAUGAUCGAUAACUUUGAUGAGGUUUUCGGGGACAUGACGCUGGAGGAGGGGGAGAUGGUUUGCGUGGAGCUGGUGGCCAGCGACAAGCACAGCAGUUUCCAGCGGGUCAUCUUCCAGGGCUCCAUCCGUUACGAGGCGCUGCGCAAAGUCUACGACAACCGCGUGAGCAUGGCUGCCAAGAUGGCGCAGAAGAUGUCGUUCGGCUUCUACAAGUACAGCAGCGUGGAGUUUGUGCGGAUGAAGGGGCCGCAAGGCAAAGGUCACGCAGAGAUGGCCGUGAGCCGCGUGGAGCUGGAGUCUCCCGGGGAUGACGUCGAUGGUGAGAAUGACGAGGAAGACGAUGACGAGGACGACGAUGAUGAGGACCGGGGGAGAGGAGGAGGAGGCGGUGGCGGCGGUAGACGUCACCGAGGAGGUCUGGGGGGCGUCUCCACCAGCUGUUUCCGAGCGCACGCUGAACGGGUGGCGUCCGUUAGCCAGCCCCCGACACCCGAGCGGCCGCGUCCCACCUUCUACUCGCCGUCACUGCGGAGGAAGCGCCCCGCCGAGCAGAAGGAGCUGAAGAAGUCGCACUCGGCCAACGACAGCGAGGAUUUCUUCAAGCGCUACGAGGGCUCCGACACGGAGGAGUAUCCGGAUGGGAAGAGCGGCACGAACCUGCGCUCGCGCUCGCUGUCGGGCACGAGCCGCUCGCUCGUAGGCUCCUGGCUGCGGCUGGACCAGCCGGAGGAGAGCUACAUGCUGUACGCACACCUCACCUACGUCAUGCUGCCCUGGCACCACAUCAUCGCAGACAUCCUGGAGGUGAGACAAAAGGCUAUUCUCAUGGUGUAAACAAAAAAAAAGCCGGAUCUUUUGGACCAGCCCAAAAGAUGGGAUCGAGAAGAUAUGAAGGGAAACUUAAGACAUUGGGUUGAGCCAGCCUCCUACAGACCCAAGUGCCUCCUCCACUGUGCUGGCUUACACACUCGGCCACCGACAAUGCACUGGCAAGCGGACAGCUGCUUCUGGGCAUCGCCUCGAUGGUGCAGGGACCCACUGUGCAGCCAAGGAGUGGCUGCCUUUCUAUUGCAUAAACCCUCGCUCUUUCCGCAAGAACUACUGGGAAGCUUUGGAUAAAACUCUUUUUAGAACCAACACACACAAAAAAAAACAUUUGCUAUUAAAAGUAGAAAAUUUGUGACACCUUUUUUUAAGCAGUGGUCACAAUUGUUCUUGCAGGGUUACGUUUGUGAUCAUUAUACAGUAGUUGGAUGACGGUGAGCAAACGGCUGACGCAUUCAUACAAAUGACAAGAUUAAUGUGAAGAACAGCAACUUUGAAUAUGUUGAAGAUGUUUCUUAAAAAUGUUUUUUGCUGCUGCAUCAGUGGUUUUUUUUUUGAGUUACAUAAUUAGAAGAAAAAUAGGCUUCAUCAGCAUUAGGGGCCAUCCAUUUAUUACAUAAGCAAAAAUCUGUCAAAAUGUUACCCCCCCUCCCUGUACUUACAGGUACUUUUUAUACCCCCCCACUUGCAUACGUAUGCCUGACGCACCCCCCUCCCCCCAAUCCUAAAACGGCCAAUAUUUAAUCCACGCAGAAACGAUCAAGGAUUAAUAAUAUUAACGUGUUUAAGCAAACAGAUAGUCCACACCGCCGGACUUUUUAACUAAUUUGAAGGUCAAUGUAGCCAAAUUAUUAUCGAGGCUUCACCUGCCCCCCCCCCCCCCCCCCAUUUCCUAUGCGUACGCACAUUUUCAGUAGACCCCUCCCCCCUCCAUGUGUACGUACUAAAUGGAUGGCCCCUUACCGGUCUAAUAUUUCUGCCCUGGAUCUAUCAUUGCAUUCUGACGGGACCAUUUUUUUGUGGUAGUAACUUCAAAGGUAGUUGACUCAUCACAAUACUGAAGCCGCAUGCACAACUGCACAUGCCUCAAAAUGAUGCAAGUGAAAUGUUCCCAAUUUAAAAUAAAUUCCGUAAAACUUAGCACAUGCUGGAAAGCGGCUAAAAUUGUUACAUUUUACAGUCCUUGGUUGAUUCAUUUUUGUAAUGAAAAGGUUGUUUGGUUUUUUGUGUCGACGCUACGUAUUGACAAUAUACUAUAGGAAUUGUCUUAAAACACGUAAUUUAUUUGAAAGGGGAUAGGUGCUACCUGAUCUUUCUAAUCACCAGCCUCGAAAAUUCUAUUAAAUUAUAUAAAGUUUUUUUUGUGAAAUGUACCGUUAAUUUGUUUUACAUCCCACGAGGUAAAACGGAUACCGCUGGUGUAAAGAUAAACAGCCAUCGUAGAUGUAAUAAGCAUUAGAGGGAGGAUGCAGAAUUUUAUUGCAAAGCAAUUCCAUUGUUGUAUUUGCAGUAGCUCUAUUGCCAAUCAUCUCCAUGCUUCAUACCGCGUACAGCAUGCCGAUCGGGACCAACGCAUCGACUUUGUGUGGCGCAAGACUUGACUUCUCACAAGGCAAUAUUCAUCACUCGACAACACAGGCCUCCUAUCCUCACGUCGCUGCUCAUUACUCGUAAAGGAGAAAAUCUCACGUUGGCAGUGUAAUGCACCUUUAUUAGCAAAACAUGCACAUGCUGUUAAUAGAAAAUAACCGUGGUAAUUUUUACGUUUGCACAAUGGUAGCUUCCGUUCACAAAGCAAACUCGCAAUGUGGCUGUAUUUAUCGAACAUUUUUGGUUACGGACACAAGCACCAUUCUCUUCAUGUAGACAGCCAGAGCCAUCACAUGUGAAGCAAGCAUUUGGAAAACAAAUCGACAUGCUGUUCACCUUUGUCAUUUCAAAAUGUUGGCAACUUGUCAGUGGGGAAAUGCUUCUAAUGGGAAGGCUGGGAAAGAUGCUGUGAAUGGCUUAAAUCACCGAACUCAAGUACCGUUCAUUACAGUUACACUUAAUUCAUCAACGUGCCCUCAGCUGCUAGUAGAUUGUCAUUUCCUGAAAACAUUUGAGGCCGGUUAUAAACAAUGUAGUGACAGCUUUAUCGCCGCCGUAAGCACUGAUCAUGUUUUCAUUGUAGUUGUAAGAAUAAUAAAUGAUCUCGCUAGCAAGAAUUUACAGCCUCAACGUGGGUGCUUUUCACUGUUACAUUUUGAGAACCGGAUGAGGUUUGUUUUGCAUGUGCAGCACGAUGUAGUAUUCAAAUAAUGCAGGAUUUGUAUUCAGUGUAUGCAACGCGUCACGUGCAUGCAAAAAGGUAGUCACUGCUGCCUUCUACUGGACGACCAUUUUAAUGCAAAGACGUUUGCCAUGUAAACUUUUUGUACAUUUCAUAAGCGAAUCUUACAAAGCGUUCAUCACAGCCACCAGGGCCUACUUUAGUUGUUUACCAUUGUGCAUGCCAAUAGUCGAAAAAAUGUAAGCAAUUUUUUUAUCAUUAUGUAGUUACUCAACAUUAUCCGUGCAAAUAUGUUCAACAUUGAAGGCUGCCGAGUGUAAAACUUACAAGUAAAAUGAUGCUUUUACAUGGAUGUAUCCCCAUGUGUACACAACACAGAAUUGCCAAAUGCAAAUAAGAGGUUUGUUUUCAAUUUUAAUGAAUUUUAAACCAAAAUAUAUUUUUCUCCAUUUGCAAAACUUAACAGUCCUUAACAGGGCUCACGGUCACUUGCAAACUCAAACCAGAGGAUCGAUUCAUUUCAUUCACUAUGCCUUCUUAUGCAUUGUUGGCUCAGCAGUGUCAUAAGCUCCUAACAAUGCGAAUAAAUAUAAUUCGGUGAAAAAUUCAAAUUUACA